AAAACUAGUAUUUCGUUUCGUCCCUCGCUUUUUCCCCCUGAUUUUUCGUUUUAUUCGUUAUGAUGGAGAUCUGAAAAUUACACUCUUUUUUUUUCUCAUCGAUCAGUUCUUUCUCUUCGGAUCCGAGCGAGGGCGAUUCUCAUCAUCUCGUUCAUAUCAGGGAAAGAAAGAUGCUUGCUAGAAGUUAUGCCACUGGAGUGGGCGGAUCAAUUUUCUUAUUCAUGUGAUAUGAACGUUAAGAUUUAGCUGAGAUUAAUUUCGAAGGGUCAUUGCUUGAUAGUCAUAAUGAUGAGGGGCAGAGCUGAUGGAGUUCAAAAGAAAUACUUGGGCACUACAUUGUGCAUUAUGAUCGCUUGCCUUUUUCUCAUAUUUCUGUGCUUUGGAUCCUUCUUCGGCUCUAAGGGAGAACACAAUAAUGCUGCACUAGACUAUGGUAGUAAAUUUUCAAGAUCCUUGGGAUUGAGCAAUGACGAUAAUGGUGAGAUUGGUAAGUCCGAGGAGUCCAUUUUUGUUCUAGAUGGUGGAGAUGACAGUAUUAUACCCAAAAGCUUUCCGGUUUGUGAUGAUCGGCAUUCUGAGCUGAUUCCUUGUCUAGAUAGGCACCUCAUUUACCAGAGAAGAUUGAAACUUGAUCUGAAUUUGAUGGAGCAUUAUGAGAGACAUUGCCCUCAAUCUGAGAGACGCUAUAAUUGCCUGAUUCCGCCACCAUCAGGUUACAAGGUUCCUAUAAAGUGGCCAACAAGCCGGGAUGAAGUUUGGAAAGCAAACAUACCUCAUACACAUCUUGCACAUGAGAAGUCAGAUCAGAACUGGAUGGUUGAUGCAGGAGAAAAGAUUAAGUUUCCCGGUGGAGGCACUCAUUUCCAUUAUGGAGCUGACAAGUAUAUAGCAUUGCUUGCAAGUAUGCUCAACUUCCCCAACAAUGUUUUAAACAAUGAGGGAAGGCUCCGGACAGUUUUUGAUGUAGGUUGUGGAGUUGCGAGUUUUGGAGGAUAUCUUCUUUCAUCUAAUAUCUUAACUAUGUCUUUGGCACCCAAUGAUGUUCAUCAGAACCAGAUUCAGUUUGCCCUUGAGAGAGGAAUUCCUGCUUACCUCGGUGUUAUGGGGACAAUGAGACUCCCCUAUCCCAGCAGAUCUUUUGAACUAGCUCAUUGUUCUCGUUGUAGGAUUGAUUGGCUUCAAAGGGAUGGUAUACUUCUGCUUGAGUUAGAUAGAAUUCUUAGACCAGGAGGGUAUUUUGCCUAUUCAUCUCCCGAGGCUUAUGCUCAAGACGAAGAGGAUAGAAGAAUAUGGAGAGCAAUGAGUGCCCUUGUUGCAAAAAUGUGCUGGAAAAUUGCUGUAAAGAAGAACCAGACUGUUAUUUGGGUCAAACCUCUUACAAAUGACUGUUAUAUGGAGAGAGAGCCUGGUACUCAGCCUCCUUUAUGCAGACCCGAUGAUGAUCCAGAUGCUGUUUGGCAUGUACCAAUGCAAGCCUGCAUUACUCCUUACUCUGAGCAGAGUCAUAGAGCUGGAGGAAGUGGGUUGGCUCCAUGGCCUGCGCGUUUGACUUCACCCUCUCCCCGCCUUGCUGAUCUUGGAUAUUCCUAUGAAAUGUUUGAUAAGGACAUGGAAAUUUGGCAUCACAGGGUUGAUAGUUACCGCAGCCUGCUGACUACAAAGAUCGAACCAAAUACUUUGAGGAAUGUGAUGGACAUGAAGGCAAACAUGGGAUCAUUUGCAGCUGCUCUUAUGGAUAUGGAUGUUUGGGUGAUGAAUGUUGUGCCAGAAGAUGGACCAAACACCCUCAAGAUUAUCUAUGAUAGAGGCUUGAUAGGCACCAUACAUGACUGGUGUGAAUCUUUUUCAACCUACCCUCGAACUUAUGACCUCCUCCAUGCAUGGACUGUGUUCUCUGACAUGGAGAGGAAAGGAUGCAGCGGCGAGGAUCUUCUGUUCGAGAUGGACAGGAUACUCAGACCAACCGGCUUUAUCAUAGUCAGGGACAAGCGAACAGUCAUAGAAUUCAUCAAGAAAUAUCUAAAGCCAUUGCACUGGGAAUCUGUAGCUAUUGCAGACGCUGAGCCCGACAAUGACUAG